AUGAAGGCGACGGAGGAACACGAAAAAACUCUGUUUAUAGACGACGAAGAAGUUUCACAGGUCAAGCUAAUAGCGAAUGUUUGUUCCGUUAGCGUAAAUCCGUCGUGCACGACGUAUACUUUGGGAGAUGGUACUGGUAUUAUAAGGGCAAAGGAAUGGCAUGCCGACGAUGAAUCGGCGUUUAACAGAGAACGAAUUAUGGUGAACACUUAUGUUCAAACUUUCGGAAAUGUAAAAGCUAUAGAGACGGAAAGAUACAUUUCUAUAUUCCAAAUAAGACCCAUCAAAGACCAUAACGAGUUAACUCAUCAUUACCUCGAAGUCUUGAGUGUUCAUCUGUCAAUCACACGUGGCUCUCUUCCUCCGCCGCAACAGACUCUUCCAUCUUCGAGCUUUUCUAGUCAAUCGGAAUCAUCUUCUUUAUCUUAUCUGCCUUUUUCGUACUCUAAUAACGUUUCGGGGAUUCUCCAUAACGACGAAGGCUUCGUCUCGCCUUUACACAAAGAGAUACGUAGACUAGUCCGACAAUGGGGAAAUACCCGCAAGGGAGCGGGAGAAAACGAUGACGGCAUGGAGAUUAAUGAGCUAGUGCUCAGGCUACAGAGUACGUACGGCCGAGACACUGUAAGAGACGGUGUUCAGUGGAUGAUAAAUGAAGGUCAUCUGUACACUACCAUGGACGAAGAACACGUCCGGGUUACGGAAUGA